UGUCGAAUUUUAAGAGAAAGAGUAAUACGUUUCUUUCAUCACAAGUUGGGAAUUGAAGAAGUUCGCCUUCUUUCUUACUUCGUCGAUUUACAGAUCUAUCAUUAAACUCCGAUGACGAGCGAGGCAUCUGAAGACGCCACUCGUCGCCGCACGGCCACUGCCGAUUACCGGAAAAAGCUUCUUCAGCACAAGGAGCUCGAAUCCCGCGUACGAGCAGCAAGGGAGAAUUUGCGGGCUACAAAAAAGGAAUUUAAUAAAACAGAAGAUGAUUUGAAGUCUCUUCAGAGUGUUGGCCAGAUCAUAGGCGAGGUGCUCAGACCUCUAGACAAUGAAAGAUUGAUUGUCAAAGCCAGCAGUGGUCCAAGAUAUGUGGUUGGUUGUCGCAAUAAAGUAGACAAGGAAAAACUGACUUCAGGCACUAGAGUAGUUCUUGACAUGACAACUCUCACAAUUAUGCGGGCACUCCCCCGUGAAGUUGAUCCAGUAGUAUACAAUAUGCUUCAUGAAGAUCCUGGAAAUGUGAGCUAUGCUGCUGUGGGAGGAUUAUCAGAUCAGAUAAGAGAACUCAGAGAAUCUAUAGAACUACCACUAAUGAAUCCCGAACUGUUCCUCAGAGUUGGCAUUAAACCUCCCAAAGGUGUUCUCCUCUACGGCCCUCCUGGGACAGGCAAGACAUUAUUGGCCCGGGCCAUUGCAAGUAACAUAGAUGCUAAUUUCUUGAAGGUUGUAUCAAGUGCCAUUAUAGAUAAGUACAUAGGUGAGAGUGCAAGGUUGAUCAGAGAAAUGUUUAACUAUGCUCGUGAUCAUCAGCCAUGCAUCAUAUUUAUGGAUGAGAUUGAUGCAAUCGGUGGGCGACGUUUUAGUGAAGGAACAAGUGCUGACCGCGAAAUUCAAAGAACGCUUAUGGAAUUGCUUAACCAAUUGGAUGGAUUUGACCAGCUUGGGAAGGUAAAAAUGAUCAUGGCAACUAAUAGACCUGAUGUUCUGGACCCAGCUCUUCUUCGUCCUGGUCGAUUAGAUAGGAAAAUAGAGAUCGCGCUACCUAAUGAACAAUCAAGAAUGGAGAUACUCAAGAUCCAUGCUUCUGGGAUUGCCAAGCAUGGUGAAAUUGACUAUGAAGCUGUUGUUAAGCUUGCUGAGGGCUUCAAUGGAGCUGAUCUUCGCAAUGUUUGCACUGAAGCUGGCAUGUCUGCAAUUCGUGCAGAGCGUGAUUACGUCAUCCAUGAAGAUUUCAUGAAGGCUGUAAGGAAACUGAAUGAAGCAAAGAAACUUGAAUCAAGUGCUCACUACAGUGCUGAUUUCGGAAAAGAAUAAGCAAUAUUGUAUUGUAGGGAAGGAGGCAUGGAAGAGUCAGUGUGAUGUAGUUGUCUGAGGAGAAGCAUUGCUAUUCCAAUUGGAUAUUUGAUUGUUUGAUUGUUGACACAAUUUGUUUCCCUUUAUUCUUUUAUGCAGAAUUUUGUAUCAUUUACACACUGCCUCCUGUUAUUGUGAAAAUAAUCAAUCACCUACACUUCCCACCAUUUCACUUU